CUCCCUCCCGGGGCCGCGCCGCGCGCGCGCCGGUUCUGGGCGAGGCCCUGCAGUAGCGGCAGGGUUCCUCCCUCUUCUGCUCCUCCUCCUCCUUCCCGGCUCCUCCCCGAUCACCCCCUCGGGCGCUCUCGCGCUAACUGUGCUCCUCUGGGCCCCGUCCGCCCGCUCCCAGCCAUGGUGGCCUGGCACUCGGCGUUCCUCAUCUGCCUCGCUUUCUCCUUGGCCACUCUGGUCCAGAGAGGAUCUGGGGACGUUGGUUUCAGUCUGGAGGAUGCACUGGAAGAAACUUCCUCAGUGAAGCAGAGAUGGGACCGUGUCACCACCACAACCAGGAGACCGGGAGCGACCAGAGCUCCAGCAAAGCCUGCAGGUAGUGAAUUUGACCUGGCCGAUGCCUUGGAUGAUCAAGAUCAUGGCCACAGGAAGCCGAGUGCAGGAGGAGGAGAGAGAUGGGACCGUGUCACCACCACAACCAGGAGACCGGGAGCGACCAGAGCUCCAGCAAAGCCUGCAGGGCCCCCUGACGAAAAAGACUUUGACCUGGCCGAUGCCUUGGAUGAUCGAAAUGAUCAAGAUCAUGGCCACAGGAAGCCGAGUGCAGGAGGAGGAGGUUUUUCAGACAAGGAUCUUGAAGACAUAGUAGGGGGCGGUGAAUACAAACCUGACAGGGGUAAAGGUAAUGGCCAGUAUGGCAGCGAGGACGACUCAGGAUCCGGCAUGUCAGCAGAGACCGGCACCAUUGCCGGCGUGGCCAGCGCUCUGGCCAUGGCCCUGAUCGGCGCUGUCUCCAGCUACAUCUCCUACCAGCAGAAGAAGUUCUGCUUCAGCAUUCAGCAUGCAGCAGAAGGUCAAGAGGGUCUCAGUGCGGACUACGUGAAGGGGGAGAACCCGGAGGCCGUUGUGUGUGAGGAGCCCCAAGUGAAAUACUCAGCACUGCAGACGCAGUCCGCGGAGCCACUGCCGCCGGAGCCGCCCCGGAUCUAAGGGGCUGAGGAUGCGAGGCCCUGCCCCGCGAGGCAGGCUGUGGGCACACAGGGCCGCUGCUUGGGACCCAGCUCCUUGUUUCGUUUGGACCCACGGCUGCCACGCUGCUCCUUCGAUGUCAUUGGCUUCUUGUCGUUCUCAGUUUUCCGGACGAGCUCUGGGUGUUCGUGAGUUUGGCUCGUGCGCCCGCCCUGCCGCAGGGCCUCCGGAGAGCCUUGCUGCGGAAAUCCUUAGUGAGCUGGGGAGGGGGAGACCGAGCGGAGGGCAGCCAGAGGACACGCGUGCUGCAGGGCAAGAGUCUGAACCCAGGGCCCUGCCAUCCCCUGCACGCUGCACUGCCUCGCUGGGCGGCUUUCAGCCGCAGGAGCACACCGGUGAGCGCCGGGUGACACCGCUCACAUGCCACACCCAGGGGUGUUUUUAUUUCUGUCCUUCGUUCCAGCUCCAGCCCUUAUGCCACUGGGCUUCCUAAGCGCUGGUGCAAGUGGUGGCUUUUCAUUUAAGUGAAAACGUGCAUGUCACAGUAUCCCUGCCUUGAGAGUUCAGGAAUCUUCUGGAUGUGUAGGAGGCUGUGGCUCUCAGGCCUAAUUCCCGUAUGAUGCUGUGGGACCGGACGUGGUCUCCAGGCUGACAAGAUUAGUUCAGUGAGUUUUCUACUGGGGCUGGGGGCGUGUGUGCUUAUUUUGGUAGCAAAAGCUACAGACGUCAAGAAUGAGCAUCAGAGCCUGAAGCAUGCCCGUUGGUUGCCUAAAGAUGUACAUGGUGGGGAGGGGAGGGGAAAGGGACGUUGGUUUGGUGUGGGAGCUCACCUGACUCGGCGAGUCUCUAGUCACCCUGCCUGUCCUCUGACGGACAGCGCGUGGGGGCCCGCGGGCACCCGCACCGGCGGCCGCCGUCGUGAUUGGCUGGAGCAGAGCUGCCUUCCUGGAACAUUUGUCAGGCCCACGUGUGGUCCUGAUCCUGGGAGCGCUGCUGUCGGGCUGAGCUAGAGUCUAGAGCCCCGUCUAUGGAUAACGAGUUUGCGGUGUCAGAGAGCACUUCUGGAAGCAUCGUGUGAGUCAGCAGGAAGGCGGGGUCCUAUUAAUCCAGCUUCACAUGCUGCAGGACUGCUGUGUCAGCCCCUCCACUUCCGCUAGGUCGGGAUGAGGCAACUCCGACUUCUUAGGGAGACAGUUGACAUCUGAACAGACGCCGCAGCUUAGAUGGCCUCAUGUGUUCGUGUUAUACAGGGCAUGCCGUGGGCCCCCCGACACCCCCGCCUGCAGGCUCACGCCGGGCAGGCUGGAUCGUGUGCGGCUCCCGGAAGUGAGCAGCAGAGGGGUCGCUGGUGAGGUCAGCCUGUCCCCAGGACCUCCCCGCCCUGCCCUCGUGGGACAGGCUGUUGUCAGCUUUGCCAGGCUUGUCCCUGCCAGGCUGGCCAGGGCUGAUGUCCCCACCCCUCUGCUGCUGGGCUGGAGGCGGCCCUGAGGGACUUUAGGUGACAGCAAGCUAUGAAUGCAAAACAGGGUGACCUCAGGGCCCAGGGAGGGGCCGUGUCCUGAGUAACAGGAGUUGGGUAGGGAUCAGGGCGGUGCUCGGAAGCUCAUUGCGUUAGGAGGGCUGCUCACCAACGUUCCCAGGCAUUUUAAAGAAGGAGACGAGGCAGCACUUGUGUGUGGUAAGAUGCUUUUCUCCCAGCCACUGGGAAGUUUGGACAUUUAUAGAGAAGUCACAGUCACGGCAGUGACUAGGAAGUGACGUGGCCCAUGUGAUUCUGGGCAUGGCCAGGCAUGGCGCCCCCGGUGGGCCACCUCAGCUCUGCGGCGAGGCUCAUCUGAGGUGAAGACCCUGAAAUCCUAUCUGUGAUGUGAAGUCAGCGCCCUCUGCACAUCCAUUUUCUCAGUAGCACUGACUUUGGUUAAGAGAGACCCAUCACGCUCUUGUCUAUCUCGGUGCCCUCUGUGGCAAGCCCAGAGCCCAGCACCCAGCCCUGUGCCAGUGACCGGAGAGGCCUUGAAAGUCACUCACCCACCCACCCGUUUGCAGGGCUCACUCACAUCCUGGGACGGGGUGUGGGGGACCGACACUGGCUGAUGCCCGGGGGCUCUUGUAGCUGUGUCCACCUGGAGGCUGCACCGACCAGCUUGCCCGUCCCAGGCGGUAGUGGAGACCGUGAGUGAGCUAGAAAGGCCAGCUGACAGUAUCUGAUCACUGUCAGCUUAACUGGGGGCGGGGAGAGGGGGCUCAGUGUUUACGAUAGCAACUCCGAGCCCCUGGGGGAAGGAGGCAGGGCAGCCUAGCCGGCUUGGGCACCCUCCCCCUGUGGCACCCAGAGAGCAGCGCCAGGCCCACCGCCUCGGCUGCUUGGGGUGGGGGUCAGUACCAGUUCUGAGGAAGAAGAGGCUGACACUGACCUCAGGAUCCCCGGUACUUUCUCUGUGCUCGUGUUUAAUUGUGAAUUGUAAGCUCUCUCGUGUUCGCAUUAAACGAAAGGGAGCCUAACGGACCCCUGUAUUC